GUGAGAGACGCCCGGCUGCUGCGCUCGGCUCCGAGCGCUCCCUCGCUCGCUGCGGCAGUGCUGCCGGACGGAGGCUGGAGGCCCGCGUCGCCCUUCCAUCCCCGGAGGCGACGGCCGCGGAUGCACAGGAAUAAUGUAUUUGUGGCCUUGGACAUGAAGUAAUCAGCCCUCAGUUGCUGUUAAUAUAGAAUCAAGGUCUGAUGAGGGAAGCAUGGACCUGAUGAACGGGCAAGCAAGCAGUGUUAAUAUCGCAGCUACUGUUUCUGAGAAGAGUAGCAGUUCUGAAUCAUUAAGUGACAAAGGCUCUGAAUUGAAGAAAAGCUUUGAUGCUGUGGUGUUCGAUGUUCUCAAGGUUACACCAGAAGAAUAUGCGGGUCAGAUAACACUAAUGGAUGUCCCAGUAUUUAAAGCUAUUCAACCAGAUGAGCUUUCAAGUUGUGGAUGGAAUAAAAAAGAAAAAUACAGUUCUGCACCCAAUGCAGUAGCCUUCACAAGAAGAUUUAAUCAUGUAAGCUUUUGGGUUGUUAGAGAGAUUCUUCAUGCUCAAACAUUAAAAAUUAGAGCAGAAGUUUUGAGCCACUAUAUUAAAACUGCUAAGAAACUGUAUGAGCUUAAUAACCUUCAUGCACUUAUGGCAGUGGUAUCUGGCUUACAAAGUGCUCCAAUUUUCAGGUUGACUAAAACAUGGGCGUUAUUAAGUCGAAAAGACAAAACUACCUUUGAAAAAUUAGAAUAUGUUAUGAGUAAAGAAGAUAACUACAAAAGACUCAGAGACUAUAUAAGUAGCUUAAAGAUGACACCUUGCAUUCCGUAUUUAGGUAUCUAUUUGUCAGAUUUAACAUAUAUUGAUUCAGCAUACCCAUCUACUGGCAGCAUUCUAGAAAAUGAGCAAAGAUCAAAUUUAAUGAAUAACAUUUUGCGAAUAAUUUCUGAUUUACAGCAAUCCUGUGAAUAUGAUAUUCCCAUGUUGCCUCAUGUCCAAAAAUACCUGAACUCCGUUCAGUAUAUAGAAGAACUACAGAAGUUUGUGGAAGACGAUAAUUACAAGCUCUCAUUAAAGAUAGAACCGGGCACAAGCACACCACGUUCUGCUGCUUCCAGGGAAGAUUUAGUAGGUCCUGAAGUAGGAGCCUCACCACAGAGUGGCAGAAAAAGUGCAGCUGCUGAAGGAGCUUUGCUACCACAGACCCCGCCCUCCCCUCGGAAUCUGAUUCAGCAUGGACACAGGAAGUGCCAUAGCUUGGGCUACAAUUUCAUUCAUAAAAUGAACACAGCAGAGUUUAAGAGUGCAACAUUCCCAAAUGCAGGGCCAAGGCAUCUGUUGGAUGAUAGCGUCAUGGAACCCCAUGCACCAUCUCGUGGCCAAGCUGAAAGCUCUACUCUUUCUAGUGGGAUUUCAAUAGGUAGCAGUGAUGGUUCUGAACUAAGUGAAGAGACCUCAUGGCCUGCUUUUGAGAGGAACAGAUUAUACCAUUCUCUCGGCUCGGUGACAAGAGUGGCACGCAAUGGCUAUCGAAGCCACAUGAAGGCCAGCAGCUCUGCAGAGUCGGAGGAUUUGGCAGUGCACCUAUACCCAGGAGCUGUCACCAUCCAAGGUGUUCUCAGGAGAAAAACGUUGUUAAAAGAAGGCAAAAAGCCCACAGUAGCAUCUUGGACGAAAUAUUGGGCAGCCUUAUGUGGAACACAACUUUUUUACUAUCCUGCCAAAUCCCUGAAGGCGACAGAAAGAAAGCAUUUUAAAUCCACGUCCAAUAAGAACGUAUCGGUGGUAGGGUGGAUGGUGAUGAUGGCUGAUGACCCAGAGCACCCAGACCUCUUCUUGCUGACAGACUCGGAGAAAGGAAAUUCGUACAAGUUUCAAGCUGGCAGUAGGAUGAAUGCAAUGCUGUGGUUUAAGCAUUUGAGUGCAGCCUGCCAAAGUAACAAGCAACAGGUCCCUACAAACUUGAUGACUUUCGAGUAAAAGCCUGAGAAAGACAGCGUGUACCACUGCUCCUGCACGGGGCAGGGAGCUGCCAGGAGCACCAGCUGCAGACCAUCUCGUGCCCGAAGAGCCCCAAGGCCCUGUUCAGCCUCUGGAGUUCUGAACCAAAAAGCACUAAUUUCAGGGAAUGAAGUGAGAUAUUCCCAGAGAACAAAUUGGAGUUGCAAAACAAACUGCCAUGAACUAUGCUCAUCUCCGAACUGACCUGUGGAAACCACUGCCUUAACAGAAUGAAAGGAAAACCAACAGGAAACACCAAAUAGUGUGUGUGAAUCUUCUGGCGGUGCUGUGCUUGGAAUAAAUUGUAGCUACUUUGCA